AUGAACCCAAAAGGCUAUUUUGUUCUUCAUCUCCUGCUUCUUGUCUCCUUCAUUAUCUCCUCAUUACCCUCCAUUUCGGGACUUAAUUACCGACAUAACCCGAUAUCUCAUUAUCAUUAUUAUCACCAUUAUCACCAUCAUGAUCAUCCAUAUUUCCUUACAGAUCAGUUUGAUGAUUACAGUCAUGGCAUAAUAUAUGGAACACUGGAGGCUUCGGAUAAAGAAUCAGAUUAUGAGAAAGACAGAAAGCACUGGCUUGGUUUUGUGAACAUUCAAAACUUGAGAGUAGAAGGUGGAGGAAUCAUCAAUGGCAAUGGAAGAAAAUGGUGGCAGAGAUCUUGUAAAAUCAACACAAAUCUUCCUUGCCAGGAUGCACCAACAGCUGUUACUUUUUCUGAAUGCAAGAACUUGAUAGUGUCAAAUAUUUGGUUCCAAGAUUCACAAAAAAUGCACGUUACAUUUCAAAAUUGUUUCAAUGUGAAGGCAUUGGAUUUGGUGGUGACUGCUCCAGGAAACAGUCCCAACACUGAUGGAAUUCAUGUCACUGGAACCCAGAAUGUCUUCAUUCAAAAUUGUCUCAUUAAAACAGGUGAUGACUGUAUUUCAAUUGUAAGUGGGUCUAAAAAUGUAAGAGCAACUGGGAUAACUUGUGGACCAGGUCAUGGAAUCAGUAUUGGAAGCUUAGGAGCUGAUAAUUCAGAAGCUUAUGUUUCAAAUAUUGUUGUGAGUAAUUCAAAGCUUUCAGGAACCGCUAAUGGCGUCAGAAUAAAGACAUGGCAGGGUGGAUCUGGGUCUGCCAACAAUAUCAUGUUUCAAAAUAUAGAAAUGAAAAAUGUGACAAAUCCCAUCAUCAUAGAUCAAUACUAUUGUGAUCAAGAUAACCCAUGCCCAGAAAAGCACUCAGCUGUUCAAGUGAGCAAUGUGAUAUACAAGAACAUUAAGGGGACAAGUGCUACAAAUGUUGCCAUAGAUUUUGACUGCAGCAAAACAGUUCCCUGCCAAGACAUUACAUUGCAAGAUGUUUCCAUUGCAAGCAACCAACAAUAUAUCACCAAAGCUUCAUGUUCUAAUGUCGAUUUGAACACUCGGGGAGAUGUUCAUCCAUAUUGCAACAAGCAAUGAGAGAUCAAAUUUUAAAUUUUUAAAAUGUACUGUCUUUAUAGUUCUGUAAAUAUUUUAAUUUUAUCAUUCCGAACAACUAAUGAUAUCUAUAUUACCAAUC